AGGGGCUAUGGGGUUUGCCCCUCGCACUGUGAGCAUUGAGAGGAGCACCAGGCGCUUGGUUUCGCCACUGCUCGCAGGGGGUUGUGGACAUUGCUGUGUGUCUAUCUGUAGACUGUCUCUCACGCUGAUUACACUUCACUUGUUCCACAGAUGGUGGAGAAGAAGAAAAUGAUCCCGGGGUCGAAGAGAAAAAGCGUCGAGUCCUUUGGCUCGGAGCAGAAGAAGCCGAAGCGGAUCACUCCCGUGCCCGUGGACAAGCCAGCUGCCUACGUUCCUGCUCCUGUGCCGACGGCUGCUGACCCCGUGGUGCCUAAAUCCAAGAAGGAACCGAAGACAAUGAAGGAUCAUAUAGUUCGGGCUGAUUUUAUGCCUUUGGAUACUACAGCGGACCAGAAGGCUUUGGCGAAACAGCGAAAGAAGAGCAAAGUUAUUCCUGUCUCGAAUUUCUCGGGCUCAGGAAAGUCGGCUGUGAUAUACGUUGGCCGUAUACCUCACGGAUUUUACGAAGAGCAGAUGAGAGGUUUCUUCGGCCAAUUUGGAGAUAUUAAACGACUUCGACUAUCUCGAAAUAAGAAGACGGGGAAAUCGAAGCAUUACGCAUUUAUCGAAUUUGAAUCUGCAGAGGUAGCGCCUAUUGUGGCUGAAGCUAUGCACAACUACUUGUUAUUUGAGUCGAUGUUACAAGUCAAGGUCGUCCCCGUUGAGAAGCUUAAACCAUCAAUGUGGGUUGGAGCAAAUAAGACAUUCAAGAAGAUUGAAUGGCAAAGGCUGGAACGAGAGAGACAUAACAGAAUGAGAACCCCGAAGGAGCAGUCGCGUCAUCUUGCAUUGUUGGUGAAGAAGGAUCAGGCCCGAAGGAAGAAGCUGCAAGCCGCUGGCAUCGACUAUGAUUACCCCGAGCUGAAAACCAUGAUACCACCUUCAUCCAAGAAAAUUACGUUUAACGACAACGAUGAUUAGGCAGAUAUAUAUGAUUAGGAUAUCACUUUGUAGUUAGCGAUGAUUGUUCAACAUGUUUGGGAUCGCAGAGGACAAGUAACUCAGAUAAGUAGCAAGCCAAGUCUGAAGUCUUUCCUUCACCAGACUGAGGACCGAACACUGUAAUUCUAGCUUUUAAUUGCUUGUUAUCUUUCGAUGUUGGUUUUGAAAGUAGUGUUUGCAGAAUCGCGGGCUCUAGUUGCGAGAAUUCUAGGUUUAUAGUAUUCGACUAUUUGAUUAGGACAGGAUAUCGUAGCAUUUUUGAUACUUUUAAGCACAAUUCUUUUGGUGCAAGACUUGCAGGUUUGCUGUUGCACAGUACAUAUAAAGAAGGCGAUGGGAUCCUACUGCGCGAGAGAUUAGAUUGGUUUUAUCCUGCUUUAGAAGGGGAUGAGUACAAUCUGCGUUAAAUGGGAUCGAUGAUCACUCUGGAAGGAAUCACUUCCUAAAAUAUUGUGUAUCGAGAGAUAACAUUGACUUGCGUGUUAGUGCGUAGUUAUGGUUCCUUUUAUUUUUGUCCUUUCCCGUGUUGAUAACAGAGAUAAGCCAUGAAGGUAUGCAUUAUUGGUUCA